UUCAGUCAGCAGAGGCGACCCAAACAAUACGCACGAUGAGUGAGCCCCGAGAAUCCGGCGAUCCCACGCCCCAUCCCAAGCAGAAAGAUCCUCCCCAGAAAGAGGCGGUGGCAGCGGCUGCAGCUGAUUUCGAGACAGCCAUCGAUGCAGCUGGCUUCGGAAUGUUCAACAUCCUCCUGCUGGUGGCCGCCGUUCCAGCGGCCAUGGGCACCGUCUACGAGACCUCCACGAUGUCCUACAUCCUGCCCAGCGCCGAGUGCGACCUCAAGCUGAGUCUGCUGGACAAGGGCAUCCUGAACGCCAUCACCUACGCGGGCAUGAUCAGCUCGGCGGUGAUGUGGGGCUACCUGGCCGACACCAAGGGCAGGAAGAAUCUGCUGAUUGUGGGCUAUGCCGCCGACACGAUUUGCGUGCUGGGAGGAGCCCUCAGCCAGAAUAGGAUCCAGUUGAUUAUCUUCAAGUACCUCGGUGGCUUCUGCAUGAGUGGCCCCUUCGCCGUCCUUAUGACCUAUCUGACGGAACUCCAUGGACGGAAGCACCGGCAGCGCAUCAUGAUGAUGGUGGGCAUCAUGUUCUCCAUUGCAACGCUCACGCUACCGGGCUUGGCCAUGCUGAUUUUGCCCGAGACGUGGAACGUCCGUAUCUGGAGUUUGUCACUGACCACCUGGCAGUUCUUCGUGGCCAUCACCGCACUGCCCAGUCUGCUGAGCUUCGUGCUCUUCUUUUUCUUCCCGGAGAGUCCCAAGUUCCUCAUGUCCAAGGGGCGCAAUCAGGAAGCCCUGGAAGCCUUCAAGUUCAUGUAUCACCUGAACUCGCGAAAACCCAAGGACUCGUUCCCAAUCAAAGUGCUGGCCAACGAAGUAAUCGUUCCGGUGAAAAAGCACGCCAAGAAGGAAGCUCCUCCGACGGAGGAAAAGCCUCCGACUGAGUGCGACGUCGUUCAGGAUCCGGAGAGUCAGGACGCCAAGAAGAGCUCUCUGCGCUCGGGUUUCACCCAGCUUCGUCCGCUUUUCACCAAACCCUACCUAAGUCUGUCCCUGUGGGUCUACCUCCUGAACUUUUGCGUGCUCUUGGGACAAAACACCAUGCGACUGUGGCUCCCACAACUGUUUGCAUCCAUCAACGAGUACGAGAACUUGAUGAGCGGCCAAUCGCAGUCGACGAGCAUCUGCAACAUCCUGGAGUACAGCGUUAAUCGCACCCAAAGCCAGCUGGAGGCAGUUACUCGGAAUGAUCCCCUGGUCGAGUGCCAUGUGAACAUAACACCCUCCACCUACACCAACAAUCUGAUUGUGGCCGCUGCUGGUCUUGUGGCAUAUAUGCUGGCUGGGUUCCUGGUCAACUUAGUUGGCGUCAAGCGAAUAAUGACCAGUGGCCUCUUCAUAGCGGCCUGCUGCUCCAUUGGCAUGUACUGGUCCAGCUCGGCAGUGUCCACAGUCGCACUGGCUUCGCUUUUCGUGACCAUGGGCAGCAUAUCGGCCACCUCGGUGAUCAGCGCCUCAGUGAACCUCUUUCCCACGUCGCUCAGGACGAUGAUUGUCUCGCUGGAAAUGAUGUUCGGCCGCCUGGGUUCGCUGCUGGGCAACAUCUUCUUCCCGGCUCUGAUGGGCCUGGGCUGUGUGCCACCCUUCCUCAUGAUCAGUUUGUUCAUGCUGGCUGGGUGCAUUAUGGCCAUGUUCCUGCCGCUGAAGAACAAGGCCGCUCUCAAGUGAGCUCCUUCGGACUGGACCGCCAGAGGACUCGAACUCGGCUCCGUUCCACCGCUGUACAUAGUGUAUUUAACUUAUUUCCUAGCUUAGUUCGUUGCCUCCACGCUGCUUACCCUCCUGCGAGAGCUACAAUAUUCACGGCAACAGAAACCCUAGUUCUCAACUCCAUUAAAUCAAUGCAAUCUGCAGGGGUUUUUAAGUUGACUUUCGUUUCCAGCCAUUUUCUAUUUCUAUUUCCAUUUCCCUAUUUUUUUUUUUUUUUGUAUUUGUUUUUUCUUGUUUGGUUUGCCUUGCGCUUCGCCUUUGGUUUAAUUAAAAGUUAAUUUAUUUUAGAUUGCAAGCUCCUAGGUUUAAGCAAUUUGUAUGCAAUUUCGUUUCACUUGUCAAUUACACGAAUUCCUCUCCAUCGAUUUCCAUAAACCGCUGUCACUUAUCAAUGCAUCCUUGAGCCGGGACGAGGACCUCUCUUUUCCGUUCCGAUGUCCUGCCACUGGCGUCAAAAGUGACUGCCCAAGAAGCCAAGCAAGCGAUGCAGAUGGGAAUCUGAGGAAUUGGCAGUCGGGACUUGCCACGUUGGCCAGUAUAACAUUGUGCCACACUCCAGCAGCCAGAAGUUGCCAGCCAAAUUGAGUUGCGCCCAAGGACUCGAAAGUGCGGAGGAGUGUGGCUGGAGUACUCGCACUUGCUCGAAGGCGAUGAAGCCUCCGCUGGCAUGCAAGCCCAUACAUUGUUAUUAAUUAAAAUCAUUACAAUCACAAAACAAAUCAUUGCCAUCGCACAUUCCUAUCUCAGCACUCAGCACUCAAAGAACUUGGCACUUUAACGGAAAUAAUGGACAUG